GCCGCCGCCAGCGCCGCACGCGGCUCGGCGGCGGCGUUGCCCUCGUCGUCGCCCUACGCGCACCUCCCCCACCACCAUGACCUCUCCUUCCGAUACUCGUCGCCGGCGCCAGUCGCGACGCCCCCGCCACAGCAGCAGCAGCAGCAGCAGCAGAUGCAGCAGCACCAGCAGGCCACCCCCGCUACGGCGGCGCCGGCGCCGGCGGUCACCUCCCCGAGGCCCACGGCGCCUGCGCCUAAAGAAAGUGCACCUACCGGAGUUAAACGAAGAGGUGGACCUGGGGGCUUAAGUAAAGUUUGUGGCGUCUCACCUGAAUUGCAGGCUAUUGUUGGUGAGCCAACCAUGGCUAGGACUGAGAUUGUGAAGCAGUUAUGGGCAUAUAUUCGCAAAAAUAACUUGCAAGAUCCGAGCAAUAAGAGGAAGAUCAUCUGCAACGAUGAAUUGCGCCUUGUGUUUGAGACUGAUUGCACUGACAUGUUCAAGAUGAACAAGUUGCUAGCAAAGCAUAUAAUACCUCUUGAGUCUACAAAAGAUUCAGGUUCAGAUUCUAAAAAGUUAAAGACUGCUCCAGCCACGGAACUUGUUUCUUCUGCUGAAGCUAAUGCCGAUCAAUAUCCUGUUGCUAUUUCUGAUGCUCUGGCGAAGUUUUUUGGUACUGGAGAAAGGGCAAUGCUUCAGUCCGAUGCUUUGAGGCGUGUUUGGGACUAUAUUAAGAGCAACCGACUGGAGGAUCCCAUGAAUUCGACGGUGAUUCUGUGUGACGCUAAACUUCAACAGCUCUUUGGAUGUGAAAGCAUUUCUGCAUUGGGUGUUUCAGAGAUGUUAUCGCGCCAUCUCUUUAAGCCAUCCUAACCACGCAGGUGAAUGUUUUCACUGGCAUCUAGUUGGUCUAACACUAUAGCAGAUACCGAUGAAACAAAAAAAAACCAUUUUGCUCAGAUGUGUUUAAAUUGCUUGUAUCUUAAUUAUGCUCGACAAAGCUCGUUUACUUCACUGUAGUUUGAUCUUUAAUAGUGAUGAUAGUUGUUGUCAUAGUCUUUCAUCAAGUGAUAUAGUUUUUAAUCUUAGUCAUAUUGGAAAAUUUGCAUCUAUUUUCUGUGUGAUUUGAAAGCAAAGCUAAAUGCGGAAAAGGCAAAAGAAAAAAUGUUACCAAACUCGCCGACUGGGUAACUAUUUUCAAGUUUAUAUGAUGCAAUUGUUCAAUGUGAGAUAACAGGGUUAAAAAGCAUUUAAGCUUUUGUACUGCAGCAAUACAAUGUUCUGCUAACCUAUAAUACAGUUUCGAAAAUGUUGCGACC